UUUAAUCAUUACGCCCGUAAAUGCGGAAUAAGUCCUUAUACAAUAGGUCCAAUCAGUGUGAAAACAACCCUUCAAAAGUGGCCUAGUUUUAACGUUAAUGAAUGAUUUUUUGUCUCUCUUCUAGUUAUCUAAACAGGGCUAUAGAUGACAACUAUUGACAACCUUGACGAUGGGCUCGUUUAAUGCUCCGUUACCGUGCUCGCAUACUCACCCCUCGUUCGUCGAAAUUUCUCUUUGUUUCAUUUUUUUGACAGCUACACCCUUCCCGAAACUUCAACAACAAUCAAUAGAAGUAAAUUUUGUUGGCAAACGGUCGCGUUUAGUUGUUUGUGUCUCUAAUUCGCUAAUUGCCACAGCAGGAAAAUUAAUCCUAAAAUUCUAAAAUCAAACGAAAUGGGUGGCUGCCGGUGCACCUUUCGAACGUGCGAAAACAGCACAGCGCUUCGACCUGGGAUGCAUUUCUUCCACUUUCCGAUCCGUGACUGGCCGAGGCUGGAAAAGUGGGCCAUUAAUGCCGACAAACGCGACUUCAAGAUGCUGCCACUGAGCAAGCUGAAGAAUAAAGUGGUUUGUGAGGAACACUUCCGCAAUGAUAUGUUCAUGAAUUUUCUGAAGGAAAGUCUGACGAAGAUGGCUGUACCGACGCUGGCUGUGUUGGAAGACGGACGCGUCUGGGAUGUGGAGACGAAUGAGAUCGGAGAACGAGAAGAGUGGGUUGUUCCGCAAACCCUAAAGAAGGCCACCAGCUCGAAACGAGAUAUGCUGGUUUUGAAUAAUGAUUCGGAUAACACCACAAUGCAGAUUCAGUUUCUAGAAUCUGAUGAAUUCCCGCAGGAAGAGGAAAGACCACCUGCUCUGUUGAACCUUAACAAUCCACCGAAAUUACUAAACAAGGAAGCAGCAAAUAUUAAUAUUUUCAUUCCAACGGAUAGUCCCAACAAGAAAACUCUGACAUCCACUGUCCUGCGGAAGGUCCAACUCAAACGUAAAUUAACAAAAACUGACGAAUCACCAAGUCCAAAAUUACAAUUGCUUUCGAUUCAAAAAUUACCAGGAAAAAGUUUUCCCAUUAGGGAAAUUGACGUUCAACCAGAGGAAACAGCGCAAGACCAGCCAGCAGCUGCAAUGCCGUCUUCUUCGACGGAUGAGCCGCCCGUCACUGUCACGCAACAAGAUCAAGUUCUACCGGCAGUAGUCGGAAUGCAUCCAACCUAUCUACAAAAGUUGAAAGCAAACUCGCAGCAAAUUGCCGAAGUGAAAAAGCUACUCGAGGAUGUACUCAGCAGACCCAUUCCUGAGCCGCGGGUUGUGACUGUAGAGGUGCCAACACCGAUACUGCCCCCGCCGACGGUCGACAACGGCUGUGAUAAGCUGGAGAAAGGUGCCAACAUGAACAAGGCCCAGCUGUUCAACGGCAUCAAGCGAUACCUCAAUCCCACGAUGGUGGCACUGCUGCGGAUGGAAAUGUUCGGUGGACCCACCGAACGGCAGUGGAAACCGGACGAGAAAGCGCUGGCCGUCGAACUGAUCGGUCUCGGGGAAAACGUGUACGACCACUUCUGCGACGAGUUCCGCUUUCGGUUGCCCUGCAAAAAGGACGUCCAACAGUGGAAGCAACAGGAGCUGCAUGAUGACGACGCUUCGUGAAUGGGUUAAGGUCAGUAUACUCUAAGUUUCUAGUAUUUUUCGUUUCGUAUAGAUAUACAAUUUUUAGUUGAGGCAACAUCUACCUGUAAACUAAGCUAUCAAUUAGUUUUACUUCUAAGAGAAACUCAUGAAAAAUAAAUUGAAAAAUU